AUGUAAUAUAUUUUAUCGUUUGCACAUUUGUCUGAAAUAUUUUACUCUUGACAGUUCCAAAAAAGUUCGUAUUUGCAUAGUUAUUUUGAAUGAACACUAUAUUUAUCACAUAUGCACUUUUUUGUUUAAUUUUUGUCGAAAGUUUUGUAUGCGUAAGUUGAAGCUAUUGAAAGAUAUGAUAAAUUUUCCAAAAAUUAUUAUUUGCCUGCUAUCGAAUUAUAAACAUUGCUGGAUUCAAGAUCCUCCUCCGAAAUAAUUAUUUUUAAUCAAGAAAAAAAACUUUGAGCACUUAUUUGACUUACACUUCAAAAUGCUGCCUUUAAGUUACGGAUUAGAAGUUAUCCACUUUUUGGAACAUCACAAGCAUCAUGCUCAUCACAGACAUUAUCAUCAGCAUCACCACCACCACCAUGGAACAGGUCAAGAGAACAUCAGGUUAGGUGGAAGCUCCCUGAGCCAGGGUGUGCCUGAAGAUGGAUUACUACCCUUGGAGCUGGUCUUUAAGGGUGUCAAAAUGUCUUGUAAACAGAAGAAUAUUUUACACGAUGUCUCUGGCCUUGCAAGACCAGGAGAAUUGCUUGCUGUCAUGGGACCUAGUGGUUCUGGCAAAACAACACUUCUUAACGCAUUGAGCGGUCGUGCUAAAGUGGACAGUGGCGUUAUUACACUGAAUGGAGAAGUAUUAAACAAAGAACUACGUAGAAGAAUCUGCUAUGUCUUACAACAGGACAUUUUUAUGUCCAAUCUCACACUUCGGCAAACGCUAAAGUUCUGUGCAUUACUGCGAUUACCAUCGUCUAUGACUGUAAAAGAAAAGAUGGAGUACGUGGAUCAUUUGGCGGAUGUUCUUGAUUUGAGGCAUUGUAUGGAUACACGCAUGGGUGAUUCUUUGAAAAGAGGUCUGUCUGGUGGAGAAAAGAAAAGAGCAAACAUUGCUUGUGAAUUACUUACUAAUCCUUCACUACUACUGAUUGACGAACCAACAACUGGUCUGGACUCUAGCUCAGCGUAUUCCUUGAUGCUUAUGCUUAAACAAUAUGCAACGGAAGAAAGCAAAACUAUUGUUGUCACCGUUCACCAGCCCUCAAGUCAAAUAUUCCAUAUGUUCGAUAGAAUUCUUUUACUCUGUAAAGGACAGGUUGCCUACUUUGGAUCAGAGAGAAAUAUUGUUGACUUCUUUUCAAAUAUAGGUCUAUGCAUUGAGCCUCAUUACAAUCCAGCUGACUUCAUUAUGGAACAGUUAAAGAAAGGAUGUGAAGUUCAAGAAAAAAUAAUCUCAGCCGCUCAGCAACUAAAAAACACAGCGGAUUACCCAAGCGAAUUGAGAAAUAGUAAUACGAUGGAUUUAGUUAAUCCCUCUUUCGAAAGUCAGUUUCGAGCUAUCGAAUGUCCUCAUUGCCAAAUGACUAUGUGGCACAGAAUGCAUGCCAGUGGAAAUUUCAAGCCAGCAGAGAUCGAUACCAAUACCGAAGAGAAAUUGGUUUGGAACGUGCCAAAGGAAUCUGUUGUUACUCCACCAAUGGAAGUGAAAGUUGUUUUAAAUGAAAAUCAAAAGAUUACAACUGUCUGCUCUAAAAGAGAAACGAUGGAAGAUGAAGAUUCAGGUCGAUCCUCAUGGUGGUCAGAGACCCAACAUAGCUCCAUCUAUGACAGUCAAGAAGAUCAUCUCUAUGGUCCCAAAUGGCCUACUUCAUUCUUUUCUCAAGUACUUGUGCUGUCAGAACGUAAUUUCAUAGAAGGACGUAGGAGAAUGCUGUCUAAACUGAACUGGGCACAAACGAUUGGACUGGGCAUUGUGAGCGGUCUGAUGUGGUUUCAAAUAGCAAGAAGAGAGGAUACCAUUUUUGACAUUAAGGGAUGGAUGUUUUUCAGUUCUACAUAUUGGAUGUUAUUUGCUUUAUUUGAAGCCCUCGUUUCAUUUCCACCAGAGCGUGAAGUCAUCAACAAAGAACGUGCAUCAGGUGCUUAUCGCCUGUCAGCCUACUACUGUGCAAAAAUGCUCGGCGAACUACCGCUAAUGAUCACCUUACCUACCGUCUUCCACAUCAUUUCAUAUCCUUUGCUUGGUUUCACAGUAUCAUAUACAUUCCUGGCGUUAUGGGGCUUUCUUUUGCUCAGCACAGUUGUAGCACAGAGUGUUGGUCUCUUUGUGGGGGCUGCUUGCAGAGAUCUCCAAAUGUCUGUAACAAUCUCAUCAUUAUUUUCACUAUCAACAAUGUUAUUCGGUGGCUAUUAUGCCACUACAAUACCACCUUGGCUUUCUUGGCUACGGUACUUGUCCAUGGUUCACUAUACGUUUGAUGCUAUGCAAAUCAUAGAAUUUGGUGGAGGCAGUCUCGUAACGUGCGCUCCAGAAAACACACUUUACGUUGCUUGUAGAAAAGAAAACGCUACUUUCAUUCCUCCUCAAGACAUCAUCAAUAAAGGUGGAGAACCACUGCCUUUGUGGGCAAACACUUUAGUACUUUUCCUCUUUCUUUUAGUAUUCAGACUGAUGGGCUACUUAGCACUUCGUUUCUUUAGAACGGCCAAAUGAGCAGCAGAGAUUUCUUUUCCAAUCAAGUUCCAAUUGGAAACAAUUUAAAUGCGUUCUAGUGAAACAUUUGUUUGUUUUUUAGACUUAAAAAAAAUAAUAUUUUGAGAAAUGAGGAAAGUUACUAAUUGUUGAAUGCUAGUCACAAAUUUGUUCGCAAUUGGUUACUUCUCAUUGGAAUCAUACUUAAUUUAUACGUAAUGUGUACCUGUUUGGAACUGUCUUUUAACUGUUGCAAAUAUGUUUAUGAUCGAUUGGGUUGUUUGGAAAGAAUUUUCAUAGUCAAAGCGAAGGAGGAAAAAAUGCAAUGUAGAUUCCAGCUUGAACUGAGAAAAAUAUUUUGAAUAACAGUGUUGCUUCAGUAAUAAUAUCGAAUCGAAAAUAAAAAUAAAGAUCGAAAUUUAAGCAUUCGUUUAGCUAUAUAGUUAAAUGUUAUUAAUUGUUCUGAGCCAAAUGUUUAAAAUAGUGUUUAAUAUUAAUAUUGCAUUUUAGAAUACAAAUUCAAAAGUAAAUAAAUUUUUUAUUUUUUAACUGACUUUUUUUACUUGUUUUUUCUUAUACUUCUUCAUAAUUAAGUAAUCGAUGUUUAAAAAUAAGUAAAUUGAAACAACAAUCUAAUACCAAAAUAUUCAUUUACAUAAAUCGUCUUUACUGAAUGCACUUUGUGGUUCAAUAAUAUAGUGCAUAAGACAUGUAUGAAAUUUCUUUCCAAAGUACCUAAUCGUUUUUUUGAAUAGGAUUGUAUUUCUAAUUUAAAAUGUUUGUUAAAAUAAAAACUGGUUCUUCUUUUUCUUAUUUUUAAAUAACUCCUUACUAUUAAAUAAGUAAGAAAAACAUUUUCAUCUUAAAUUUAUGAAAACAAAUCAAUAUUUGUUUCUCGUGUUAUGUGUGAUCAUCUCGUUUCAAAUUUUCUUAAUAUGUUGUACAAGCUAAUGACAUAUACUUUGUAACAAAAUAACAUUCUUUCUAGCUAUUUGCUGUUGCCAACGUAUUAAAUUUUGCAAUUCUGAAAUAAUUGUUGUAAAUUGCACCUUAAAGAUACAAGACUGCUAUAUUGCUGACAGUAUUAUAAUGCAAAUCAUGUAUAUUGUUCAUUGGAGAAUUUGUAAGAAUGCCGCUGUUAUAUUCUGAAAAUAUUUCCUUUUUUGUAUGUUUUGUAUACAUCAUAAAAAUUUUCACUGGGCGUUAGUUUCAUA